AAAAAAAGCGGAAGAAUGGCGAUAACGGGAAAUGGAGCCUACGGCAUGAUUACGGGUACAACUCGUAACCACAAAAAAGACAAACAUUAUUUGCUGGGCCAAUUAGUCAACAUCACACUAUUAAUUAAAAAUCGAAAAUCAACGCAUUCAAACCCUAACAUCAACGUCUCACAUUUCUCCAUCAGAUCAUUCAAUCGUCCAUUUCACAAUCCAACGCUCAUCACCAUCUCUCCGCCAAAAUAUGACACACACUCGGAGAAAAGAAACGUGAAAAUGGAGAAGGAGAGAGAGCAACAAGUUCACUUAGCCAGAGUUGCAGAGCAAGCUGAGCGAUACGAUGAGAUGGUGGAAGCAAUGAAGAAAGUAGCUAAGUUGGAUGUGGAAUUGACAGUGGAGGAGAGGAAUUUGGUGUCUGUUGGUUACAAAAACGUGAUCGGGGCAAGAAGGGCAUCGUGGCGAAUUAAGGGGUACUGUCAGACGGAGGAAGAGGAGCUUCUAAAGAUCUGCAAUGACAUACUAUCAGUGAUUGAUCACCAUCUUCUUCCCUCUGCAACCACCGGGGAAUCCACUGUUUUUUACUAUAAGAUGAAAGGAGAUUACUAUCGUUAUUUAGCUGAGUUUAAGUCUGCUGAUGAACGCAAGGAAGCUGCAGAUCAGUCCCUUAAGGCUUAUGAGGCUGCCACUGCUACUGCAUCAACGGACCUACCCCCUACUCAUCCAAUCAGACUUGACCUGGCUCUGAACUUUUCUGUUUUUUACUAUGAGAUUUUGAACUCUCCUGAAAGGGCAUGCCACCUGGCGAAACAAGCAUUUGAUGAAGCAAUAGCAGAAAUUGAUAGCCUCAAUGAAGAGUCAUACAAGGACAGCACUCUUAUCAUGCAGCUUCUAAGGGAUAAUCUCACUCUCUGGACAUCAGAUCUUCCAGAGGAGGGUGGAAUGGCAAAUUCAAGUCAAGAUUGGAGUCAACUGAACAUAUCAGAAGAGGAAAAAGACAAGCUUGUAGCAGAAGUGAUCCGCUAUGUGCUUUUCAAGACGCAUCAUAAUUCAGGUUGCCCUAUUAAACGAGACGAGCUUACUCAAAUUGUCACCAAAAACUACCGUCAGCGUCUGCUUCCUGCUUUGGUUAUUAACGAGGCCAUCUCUAAGCUCUCUUCCAUUUUCGGGUUUGAAAUGCGAGAACUUCAAAGAUCUCGUCCUUCUUCUAACACUCAACAACCAAGUGUUUCUGAUGCUAAAUCAUAUGUUCUCAUCAGUAAGCUACCGGCUGAUAUAUAUAGGAAAUAUGUCGAGGAUGCAAACACAACGCACAUGACUGGUUUUACAUUUGUUGUAAUCAGUAUUGUGCACCUGGCUGGUGGCAAAGUCAUAGAGGAAAAUCUUUGGCAUCACUUGAGGCGAAUGGGGUUACAUGAAAUUGAUGAAAGCCAUCCGGUCCUGGGGAACAUGAAGCAGGCAUUGGAGAUGCUCGUCCAGCAAAGAUAUUUGCAGAAAGACAAAGUUAAUGGUCCUGAAGGUAGUAUUUUGGUGUAUGAGCUUGCUGAGAGAGCUUUAGAUGGUUCCGUCAAUAAAAGAAUUAAAGAAUACAUAUCACAGAUUGUGAAAAAUGACGUGGCCACGGUGGAACUUGAUUAAUGGUCUGAACGGAGGUGAGGAGACAGAUGGUCACAUCCACGUCAGCUGUUCCGGCCUUAUGCAGUGAAGGACGACAUUCUCAAUAAGCAACAAGGAAGGCAGGAAGCAGAAAACUAGGGGAUCGUUGUUUACCUUCCAGGCUUCCAGCUGAUGAAUAGCUAGCUUCUACUAGAAUUUAUGAAUCUUUGUUCAGCACUAAGAACAUUAAAUACUGAUUUUCUAAGUAUUUAUUUUACUUUAUUUAAUUCAA